AUGAAGGAGUUUCCCAGGAAGUUCCUUAGCCUGCGCGAUAAGAGCGGCGAGCACCAUCGUAGCAAGUCUGCCCCUCCUGCAAAUAAGGCACGUCCUCUCACAGCCGACACGUUUCGGUCUUUAUUCAAGCCUGACCAUUCAAGACAGGCCAACCAAAAUGAAGCGGAAGCCACUAAAGAAGCCGCCAAGAUUGAGGAUAUCCAGCGACGUUUAGACGCACUCAACAUUACCAAUAUCACCGUCGAGCACAUCCAAGAUAUCUUGGUCACCAAAUACGCAAAUGGCGACCCACAGCGUACUACGGAAUUCAUCGAUAUCGAGCAAAAAUCUACCUCUGGCGUUAUCCUACCCUAUGACCCAAGCGUCCAUAUGGUUGGUGCCGAGAACCGCAGCGCCGUCACCUGUUACAUAGAUGCUCUGCUCUUCGCCAUGUUCUCUAAGCUGGAUGCUUUCGAGUGCAUGCUCAAGAACCAAUUCCCAGCAGAUGAUCCCAGGAAUAGGCUAGUUACGCUGCUACGUAUAUGGGUGAACAUGCUACGCACAGGCAGACUCAUCCGCACAGACUUGACUAAAUUAAUACAAGACACCAUGGCUGAAUGCGGCUGGCUGGACGCUCGUCUCUUGGAACAACAAGAUACCUCAGAAGCCUUUGCUUUCCUUACGGAAAAGCUAGAAUUACCUCUCCUUUCGCUACAAGUUGAUCUCUUCCACCAAGGGAGACAUGACGACGAUGACCACAAAGUUGUCUACGAGAGGCUACUCAAUCUAGCAGUACCGUCAGAUACCGAUGGAAACGGCAUUAAGCUAGAAGAUUGCCUAGAAGAGUAUUUCAAUACUCAGGUCGACGUGCUCAGAGACAGCGAAGAAGCAAAGAAAUCGAUUGCAGAGGACGGCAGCCCAGGCGCGGUUCCUAUAUUAUCAAUCCCGAACCAAAUUCGGCUGAUUAGGGACGAAGAAAGUGUCUUAACGCCCACGGCCAUUUCAUCAUCUCCAAUUGACAUGUCACCAUUGACUCCGCGGGCAGGACCCCUGCUGGAAAAAGACGAAGAUAAAGAAGAAACCUCUGUAUCGGAACUAGUCGUUAAUGGCACGAGCCAAAACGACGCUCCCUCUGACACACCGCAAUCACCGCAAUCACCCAGCGUAUUGAGCGCAGGAGACAGCGCAGGCAAUGCAAGCGAUCAUGCCGCAGGGUCUUCUUCUAGGAUGACAAUCAGGCAUAGGUCAGCCAGCGUCAUCCAGCGGGUAAUGCUCGACAAUGGAGGACGCCCAACGAGUUCCGAGACCAGCACCCUUCGCAAGAGGCUCAGUGGGAAAGGAUCAACUGUAGUCAAGGCGGUUACGAUACCUGCCUGGCAGUUCUUCCGACUAAUUCCUUGGCAUGCGGUUAAUAGUACAGAGCCCCGAAACGAUGUCGAAGUGGCAAUGAAUUUUGACCAGCGCCCUGUGGUAGGCAUCUGCUUAAAGCGGUAUGCUAUGACCGAGUCUGGCCAGCCGAAGCGUCUCAAUACGUACAUCGACAUUCCAGAGAGCAUGCGACUUCCACAUUUUAUGCUUGCUGAUGGACCUAACAUUGAAGAGGAGAUCAAUGGACUGGCAACGGAAUAUAAGCUCGUCCUGCAGUCUAUAGUCUGCCAUCGAGGCGAUUCAUUGCAAAGUGGCCACUACAUUUCUUUUGCGAGAGUCGCCCCUAAACUCCUCACCGAUAACAGAAGGCAUGAUUUCGAUCCGCCUCCGGAUUAUGAGGAAGCGCAGUGGGUGAAAUUUGAUGAUCUAGAUAUCGCCAACAGAGUCAGCUUUGUCGACGAUAUCAAGGAAUCAUUAAAGGUCGAGAUGCCAUAUUUGUUGUUCUACCAGAUCUUGCCCAUGGUCGAUGCUUCUGAGAGCACAGACACUGGGCGGCCGCCAUCCUAUGAUGAAUCAAAGAAGAGUCUGGAGAUUCAAAACUCUGCGACUAGCGAAGAAACGCCAGCUAGCUCAACGCAUGUAUUGACAGCGCACCAUGAGCAUCAAGCUUCAGCUUCGACCAGUCGCUUGGGGCAAAGCAAGCCUCCUAGCAUUAGACUUUCCGCCGAUGUCGAGCGACCAUCACGUAAGUGGCUAGAAGGUAUAAGUCUCAACUUUGGAGGGUCGUACGUGGAGUCUGUGAUUUCCCGCCGCCAGAGCGAGGCGCUCACGGACUCUACUGCUCAUACGCCAUCUGUUACACCAGAUCCGCAAUCACCUGCCGUAACACCGGCUGAUGAACCGACAUCGUCCAGAUUGUCUCGCGCUGCGUCGCGCUUCAACCUGAAUAAGCAGAGCCGCCCAGCUAGUCAAUCGGGCGAGGGCCGUAUCAGCCUUAACCUCAGUCGCUUUGGGUUGAUCAAGACCAGCAAAGAGCCGCUACCCGACCCACCGGCGCUGAAUAUCUCAUCUACCACCUCGAUAGGCCAAGCAACUGCAAGUCCUCAACCAAUUUCCCCAUCAAUGUCGUUAGAAAAACAGUUACAUCACCCCCCUGGUACUGAAAAGUCGGAUAGAAAUGAGAAGGCUGAAAAGCAUGACAAGAAUGACAAAAUAGAGAAGGCGGAAAAGCACAAGCAUAAAAGGAAAAAGUCUAAAGAGAAGAAUGAAAAGCAGAAGUCGGGAGAUCAGCCCGAGCGGGAGUGCGUCGUUAUGUGA